AUGGCAGCCGGGUCCUCCUCCACGGCCUCUGAGGCAGCAGGGUCCUCCUCCAGGGGCGUUCAGACGGACCCUCCGAACUUCUUCCUCACCGACGCUGAGAAGGAGCGGAUCACGGUCGACGCCAUGUUUGAGGCUCGCGAUCGCUUGGAAAGCUGCGCGAUCGAAGCCUCCUACAUCCUCUCUGCUCUUGGGGCCGAUCCUGAGGCUUAUGUGGGCAUGUUGUCGCUCCUUUCGACACCUGCGGGGCAGACCCAGGGGAUGGAACUGCUGAUGGAGGAGUUGCUGCCCCAGGUCCUCCUGAACAGCCCCCACCAUGAGGUUCGCAAGGCCGCUCAGAAGAUCCCAGGCAUCUUCCAGCAUCCUCACCCGGAGAACCUCAUCACCAAAGGGUGCCGCCGCAUCGUGGACGACAUCUGUGGCUCGCCUCACAAUCCGCCUUUCAUCGACUUCGAGAAGAAGUCCAGCAAUGUCAAGGUCCAGGACGAUGCGAGCGGGUCCUCCGAGGAGGACGAGGAAGAGGAUGAUGAGGAGGAGGACGACCAGAUCCUUCACUGA